AUGGCAACUAAUAAGGAGAUUGCUGAAGAAUCAGUUGACGGGCCAUUUUAUCUCGAAUCGGUCUCAGUACCGGUGGAUUCAGACGACGAUUAUCAAUAUGAGGAAGUUUUGCCCGACGAGGAGAGAAGCAUAACGGAGGGAGAGGAGGACUUGGAAGCCGCAGUUAAAGCUAUGCAAGACUACACAAAUGACACUGAUUCGGUAGCAGAAAAUGUAACCUCGAGCAAGCUGCCAGUCUCUCACAUCCCCGAAGUGGUGGACGAUUUCCUGCGCAAUUUCCUCGUUAAAAUGAACAUGAGAAGAACUUUAGAUUGUUUUCAGGCAGAAUGGUUUGAGAUGCAACAAAAAGGACUGCUGAAAGCGGACCUUGCGGAGUUUGUCCCUGACGCUUAUACACACAACCAACUUCUUGACAACGAAUUGAAAAAUAUACAAAAAGAGCGGGAAAGCUAUAAGCAGGCUGCACUCAAAGCUGGUGAAAUAAUUGUCAAACUUCAGCAGGAAAGGGACUUCCAUCGCCUUCAGCACAAGCGUGUUGUCCAGGAGAAAAACAGACUGAUUGAAGACAUUAAACGGCUGAAGAAACACUAUGCCUCUUUUGAGCCUGCCCUGAAGCAACUUAAUGACAAGUACCAGAUGGCUCUGAAGCAGAAGAUGUUGGUAAGCCUUGAAAGAGACAAGGCCCUUGGCCAAAAUAAAAGCCAAGACUUCAGUCAACAAAAUGUAAACUCAUCCUUGGUGACACGCACAGUUUUAAAAGACAGAAGUACAUCACAUGACCAAGAAAAACUUCAUGGUAGCUCAGAGCGAGAUAUCCAACCGCAAGGGGACAAAAAUCCACCCAAAAGCCUUAGUCCGAAUAUGGGCUCUAAACAACUCAAGAACUCUGAGUUGCCUGCCAGCAGCCGAGUAAACCCAUUUCUCCCUCAGAUAAAGGCCUUAUCCAUGCAGAGCAAGAAAUCUAUAGGUUUCUCUUUAACUAACUCUCUGAAGGCCCACACCAUGCCGGUGAGCUGCCUGGCUCUUCAUCCUCGCAAACUGAUCGUGGCCUCCUCCAGUGAUGAUUGUCUCUGGAGACUGUGGGGGAUGCCAGAAUGUGAGAAAAUCAUGACAGGGGAAGGUCACACAGAUUGGCUGUCCUCCUGUAGCUUCCACCCCAGUGGUGGAUGUCUGGCCACCACUAGUGGGGACACCACAGUGAGGAUCUGGGACUUCUCACAGGGCCGCUGUGUUUUAACUCUGGAGGGACACACCCAUGCCACCUGGGGCUGUUCUUUCCACUCUUGUGGCGAUUUUGUUGCAUCCUGCUCCAUGGAUAACACCGUCAAAAUAUGGGACCUGAAUAGCGAACGCUGUCGCUUCACACUACGCGGACACAUGGAUUCGGUGAACAGUGCUACUUUUCUACCUUUUUCCAACAUUCUUCUCACUUGUUCUGCUGAUAAGACCAUCUCUCUGUGGGAUGUACGGGCUGGACUUUGUGCUGAGACCUACUACGGACACCAGCAUUCUUGCAACCAUGCAAUCUUCAAUCCCCUGGGUGACCUCAUUGCCUCCUGUGACUCCUAUGGUGUGGUCAAAUUAUGGGAUGUGAGGAGGAUGUCAGCCAUGAUAACCCUAGAGAUGGGGCCACAUCCCAGCAACCAACUGGCGUUCAGCCCAAACUGCCGGACACUGGCUGUCGCCAGCAACGAUGGCUCAGUAAAGCUAGUGGAGUUGGCUUCACUUCAUAUCUCCAGCCUAUCUGGACAUGAUGAUGCUGUCCAGAGUGUUAUAUAUGACCAUAUAGGGGAAUUUUUAUUUUCUGGUGGGUCUGAUGGCGCAGUUCUCAUCUGGUCAUAA